AUGUAUACAACUCCUCCCUUUUCUCAUAAUUAUUCAAACCCAGUGCUAAUGAAAGAUGAUGUUGGAAAACCAAAACCCUCAACAUACAAUUUACCAAAAUAAGAUUUUGUUUAUGGCCUUCCACUUAUCAGAGAUAAAGAAGGAGCAAAAGAAGUAACAAUGACUUGGAAAUUUCACCUAGAAUCUUUGAAUCGAAUUCCAAAUCGAGAUUUUGCCUAACUUAAUAAGAUGUCUGUUUUCAAUGGAUCUCUCACUGCUCAUGAUAUGUAUAAAUUUAGAUAAACUCAUGAUGCUCGAUUACAAGUUAAAAAAGGCACUAAUAUUUAAGCUAUUGAAUUACCUGAGGAAGAAUUUAGAUAUGGAAGAAAAAAUAGGCCAUCUACUCCUAUGAAAUUAGUAAUGGGUAACUCUUAUGGAAUAGAAGCUGCAUCAAUUACAUUGGAUAAAUAUUACAAAAGAGCUGGCUCACAAGAAUCUAGAAUGACUAGCACAAUUGUCAAACCAAAUAAAGCAUCAUAAUUAUUUCAUGAAAUCAAUCACAAAAAACUAGCAGUGAUUAAAGGAAUAGAAAAGAAAGAACCCUUUAAAAUGGAAAAGUUUAAGACAGUGAGCGCCAGAACAGACACUAACCUUAUAGCAAAGAAGGAGUGA